GUCGCCCACGACGCCCACGCAGCCCGCGCACCUGCACCUAACUUCACGCACACGGCCCCCGCCGCCCUCUCCAGCCAGCAGCAUCCUGCUGUGGGGGCUGCUGUGGAGGCCACCCCAGCUGCCUUCAACGCCUCCAGCAUCGGGGACGUGAACCUGAGCGGGGUCAAGGACAGCGACGCCCGCGAGGUCAUGGACUCCCUCACGAAGGGCCUGCUCCAGGUCGACACUCCGCCGCCGCCGACUGUCGACGUCGACAAGCAGGACGACCUGCCCGCCGUGGGGCCUGUCGAGGGCUUGAGGAUGGUACACCUCACGUCUCAGGCGCCAGCAAACGACAAGAAGCCCCAAGAGAACGUCCAUGUUCCCAGCACCACCCCGGCCUGGGUCGUCAACACGCCGGCUGACCCGCCCGUCCAGGUCGUCAAGUUCGUUCCCGUGAACGGCACUCCGGCCACGCCGGAGCCCGAGCCCAUCGACCUGGUGAGGUUCGCCACCAAGCUGGGACAGAGUGGCGUCGGGGAGGCCCUGGAAGAAAUACAGAAGGACGACGAGACUUUACCUGGAAUGACGAGGAUCCUGUUUCCCCAAGGGAUGUACGUCGACCCCUCGACAAACCAACCUUCCCAUCACGUGAGCAAGAAGGACCAGACACAGCAGGAAAAAGCAGCCGUCCAGGACAAAUCAUUCAAAACAGCUAAAAAAAUCAAUCUUGGAGGAAAGGAUUCAAAAUAUGAGAAAAAGCCGGUUUCUGUUGCGAAGCUGGAUGCAUCGAAGCCUGUCCAUGAAAAGCUUGAUGUCGUUCCCUACAUGGUCGAGUCCAACGACAAUCCUUCCCCCGUGGUGGCGCCAUUGCAGGAGGAGCCCCUUAAGGCGGUGGAAGAAGACCCGAUCUCUCUCAAAUUCCCCGCGCCGAUCGGCAACCUGGACGACGUGAGGGACCUCCUCAACAUGAAUGUCACCUUCGCGGACGAGCAGCCCACCUCCCCUCCAACCCCUCGGCCGAGUCCUCAGCCGGGCGGUGGCGACCGGGCGGCGACCGAGUCGGCGCCAACCUCGUCGAAACAGGCCGACAGACCGCUCCUCGGGAAACUAGACAAGCUCCUGAACUUUGCAAAGGAGAUCGCGAGCCUGGGGCCGCUACAACCGGGGACCACAGAUGUGCACGUGCACGGGGGGCGUGCCAGCCCGUCAGCGACCUCGGCCCAUUCAGCCGCCAGCACCACUUCUCGUCCCGUCACCAGCACCAGCGCACCCGCCAGCGACCCAGCGGGACCUACGACCGCCACGGCCGAGCCCCAGGGCCCCGUCGGCCAGGCAGAGGACCCGCUCGCACGAAACGCAGACCUCUCGUCCUCGACGACCGCCAAGCAAGCUUAUCUGAACCGGGCCGUCCAGUUCCCCCUGAGGGAUUGGCAUGAUAUUGGUGCGGCGAGGAGUGCCCGUGGAAGUUUCUCCGAGGUGGAGCAGCCCGAGGAGUGGCCCGGCGCGGCACCGACGGACCCCGCGAAGCCUUCUGACGAGCACGCGGCUGAUGAUGCGCAGCUGUUCGCGGUACCGCCCCCUCCCUCCGCGACCCCCACUGACGACAGUGGCGUCGUACACCCCCAAGCUUCGCCGUCGCCCACCCAAGAGGCCGCACCGCCAAGCCCUGAGAGCACCGAUGAGGACCUGCACUUCGAGAUCCAGGACCUGACCACGACGCCGGACCCAACCAAGAAGAAAAAGAAAAAGAAGAAGAAAGGGUUCAGGCUGCCCUUCGUAGUACCGACCACGACGAAGGCGCCGUGGCCGCGCUCGCUCGCAAACCUCGCCCCUUUCUUGCCCUUCCCGGAGGACUCUCAGAUACGCCCACCCACCCUGAUUCGCCGCCCGCACUUCAAGCCACCUCCCCACGCUCCCUGGAAGCAUCAUGACCACGGUCAUGACUACAAUUCAGGACACGACCACCAGCACGGCCACAGCCACGCCUACGGUCACAACCAUGGUUACAAGUACAGCGUAGAGGUGGCCACCCUGCCCCCGCUACCCGCCGACGACCCCGUGCAGCAGCCGUGGUACUAUCCUUCGCAGAUGGACUACUCGUCGGGGUACCAAGGGCAGCCAGCCACCUAUCAGCAGACCGCCUACCAGCAGGCCGCGCAACCCACCUACCAGCAGGCCGCGCAACCCACCUACCAGCAAGCCGCCUACCUGCAGACCGCCUACCAGCAGCCCUCUUACCAGCAGGCCGCUGCUCAGCAGGAGGCUUACCCACAGCCUGCCAACCAGCAGGCCGCAUACCAGCAGUCCAACUAUCAGCAGGCCGCCUACCAGCAAGCCGCCUACCAACAGGCAGCUAACCAGCUGAACACAUACCAGCAGCCGGCCAACCAGCAGGUCACCUACCAGCAAGCCGAAUACCAACAGGCAGCCAACCAGCAGGUCGCCUACCAGCAGCCGGCCAACCAGCAGAUCGCCUACCAGGAAGCCGGAUACCAACAGGCAGCUAACCAGCAGGUCGCCUACCAGCAAGCCGGAUACCAACAGGCAGCUAACCAGCAGGUCGCCUACGAGCAGCCUGCCAACCAGCAGGUCGCCUACGAGCAGCCUGCCAACCAGCAGGUCGCCUACCAGCAAGCCGGAUACCAACAGGCCACUGACCAGCAGCCCGCAAACCAGGAAGCCGCCUACCAACAUACUGCAAACCAGCAGGGCACCUACCAGUAUCCUGCAAACCAGCUGACCCCCUACAACCAGGACGCCACUGCCGCUUCCCAUCCGGAGCAGAAACCAACCAGCGCAACGCAGCCCUUCGAGCAGCAGGCUGCUCUCGAGAGCGACGUCAUCCAGCCCCCUCCCGUCUACACACAGGGCGUCUACCAGGAUGGCGGCUACGCCCAGGCCGAGUACGGCCCGGUCGCGUACCAGCCCGAUGUGUUCCAGCCGCAGUAUGAGUCGGGCGCCUACGGAGCCGAGGGCGCGCAGGGCCCGUAUGGGGUGCAGCAGGAGCAGCCGCUCGCGUUUUACCAGCCGCCCACCUACGAGUCCCCCUCCAAUUACGUGCACCAGCAACGCCGACGACGAUCACCCGACACCGGGGCGGCACUGACAGCCGACACACACGACGUCGCGGGCGACGCGGAGGAAGGAGCGGAUAAGGAGGUCGACACCGUGAGUUUUGCGGACGCUGUUGCAGGGGAGAAAGCGGUGGGCGAGAAAGAGACAGAGGGGGCGGUUCCGGAUGUCGAGGAUAUUGCAUCGAAACGAGUGCUGGCCGAACAGAGUCCGUCGCUCGCAGAGGAACCUGAAGCGACGUCAUUCAACGAGAAGGAAACUGCGGACGGGCUACUGUUGUCCGAUGAGGAACGGUCGAUCAAGAAUGUGGCUUCGCUGGACCGCCUCCUCUCCGUCGACAAUUUCGAGCAGACGGCGCUGGAUCCAGCCGACAAAAUGAACGAGCAGAUUGCCGUGGUGUCGGCGCCCCGAGCGGACAGCGUCGUAGACGACAUCGAGGCCGCGAUGCCCGCGACGGAGGACGUGGACACGG